GGGAAGACGCUACACAGCCAAUAAUUUGUGCUAAAUAACUAGCCUGUUAAUCAGUCGCUUAAAUCUCAGUUUAUUCAAACAAAACAUGCACUCCAUUUCACAAAACGUGUGUUUUGUAAUAUUAACAUUCUUAUCGCCAAACCUCACAUGCCAACCACCCGCUGACUUCAAACCCCCUGAACAAGGAGCCCGUCAUGUCCUGCCUCGAGUCACUUGUACAAGCCAACGAAUACAUGCAGUUUUUGGUCCACUGGUUGGUCCCAAUCUGUACAUCAUAGACAAGACUGGGAAACGCGUGCCAGUGCCUAAAACCAAAGAACACUGUGGGGUGCAGAGAGGCAGAACACAGACUGGUGAUGUCUCAUUCUUCAGUAGAUACGACAGCUGUUUCGUCCAGGUUAAGGACGACAUGAUGAAGGUGUCCCUGGAAGUCCAGUUGAUUGCAGAGGAACAGUGGCACAAGGUCACCCUCACCUGUCCUCUGCCCCCUAAGGAGGGUCUGACCUCCAGCACCCCUCCCCCGUCACCACUUGGGGAGUGUGGCAUUGAGAGAGCCCUGCGAUUGGCCUGUGGACCCCAGGCUGUCUCUGCCGAUGCCUGUCUCAUAAUGGACUGUUGCUACGACGAUCAGGACUCGACCUGUUACUACAGGAUGAACGCCUGCUCACAGGACAGCCAUUUUGUGUUCUGGGUGAGGGCGUCCGACUCUGACCCCCGUCUCGAUACCAGCAGCUUAGUGGUCAAGGACCAGCCUCAGUGCUUUCCUGUGGUGACCACAUCAGACACAGCCGUCUUCAAGGUCGGCAUGACGGACUGUGGAACUAAGAUAAAGGUUGAGGGAGAUCUGGUUAUCUAUGAAGUAGAGGUGGAGGAACUGCUGACGGAUGCUUCUGACAGAGACACCCGCUUCAGUCUGCAGGUUCAGUGUCAGUAUGAGGCAUCACAUGUCCGGAAGCACAAAUACCUGCAGCCCUUGGAUCCCACCAACCCUCCAGCGGUUACAGCUCUGGGGAUGGUCCAAGUCCAGAUGAGAAUCGCCACAGACGAGUCCUUCACCUCCUUCAUUCCCGGGGAGCAGCUGCCUCUGACUGUGCCCCUGCGGAAGCCUGUGCACGUGGAGGUGUCCAUCGACACCCCGUUCCCCGACCCCAACCUCUCCCUGCGUGUGCGGGACUGCUUCGCCUACCCAGCCUCCAGACACUCCACCUGGACUCUUCUCUCUGACGGGUGUCCCGAUCCCCAAGACGACAUGAAGAGCUCCGUCUUUGAGAGCCCAGUCGGGAACACCACCUCCCAGGUGCAGGUCCGGAGGUUCGACGUCCACACUUUCGCCUUCCUGGAUCCCGAGACGGGUCAACUCAGUUCGGAGGAGAUGUUCUUCUACUGCUGGGUGGAGAUCUGCCCAAAGGACAUGAAGUGUGAACAGCGCUGCUCCAUCACCUCAUAUGAGGAGGAACCGCAGAGGAAGAGGAGGGAGGCAGAUAGUCAGCAGGUCCAGCUGCUCUCGUUUGGCCCUCUGCUGUUGGCCGAGAACACCGCUGAACCCGAGUAACAGCCAAGAACUCGCUUCAAUACAGUCUUCCUGGCAUCUGUCCGGACACCGUCGUCCCGUUUCUCCCCCUAUUCUGUGGCUGCUGGAAGAUACGGAGGCGUGUGCACCAGGAGGGCAACGACAGAAUCCAGGCGCAAUGAUCCCAGCCAACAGACUGACCCAAUCCAA